CCCAUACCGAGUGGUGCUGCAGAAGCAGAGCACUCUGUCCGUGUGUGUGUGUGUGUGUGCGCGCGAGGGAGGGAGGGAGGGUGGUUUCCUUUUUCUUUUUUUUUUUAUUAAUCAGGAGCACUGAAUGGAAACCAAUCAGAUAGAGAGCCCCCCUCGGCUUCGGCUCCCUGCAUGCCAGAGUUAAAAGUGACGCUGGGAGAAAGCGAGCCCCACUUAGACGCGAGUAGAUCCAGGCGUGGAGGUAGCCGGCAGCGUGGCGGGCAGCAGGCGGAGGCGCAGCACGGUGUCCACGCCGGCCGCUGUAUUCCUGCCUGAGGCUGAGCACUCGUCCUCUUCUCUUACCGAGAUCCUUUGAGACUGCAAAGAACAUUAAAGAAGGAAUAAGGAAUGAACCUGGAUUCAGUGCAGUAAAGUAGAUUGCUUUGAGGCCAAGAAAGAAAUCACUGCGUAGACCCGUUUGUGCUGUCAUGAUGAUAACUUACCAUUGCUUCUGGCUGCUGUUCUGGGUUGGUCAGCCUCACCAAAGUUUUUCAUCUCCGUUAUCCAAAAGGACUAGGGGAUUUCCGGAAAAGGAAAAGGUUUUGGAACUGUCCGGAAAUAACAGGAAGGAGCUUACUCGUUCCAAAAGGAGCUGGAUGUGGAAUCAGUUCUUUCUCUUGGAGGAAUACACAGGCUCUGACUAUCAAUAUGUUGGAAAGCUGCAUUCAGACCAGGACAGAGGAGAUGGCUCACUUAAGUACAUCCUUUCUGGAGAUGGAGCAGGAGAUCUCUUCAUUAUCAAUGAAAACACUGGAGACAUACAGGCCACAAAGAGACUAGACAGGGAAGAGAAGCCUGUUUAUAUACUUCGUGCCCAGGCUAUAAACAGGAGGACUGGACGACCAGUGGAACCAGAGUCUGAGUUCAUCAUUAAGAUCCAUGACAUCAAUGACAAUGAGCCAAUGUUUACAAAGGAUGUUUACAACGCCAGUGUUCCAGAAAUGUCGGAUGUCGGUACAUUUGUUGUGCAAGUCACUGCGACGGAUGCCGAUGAUCCUACCUAUGGAAACAGUGCUAAAGUUGUGUACAGCAUUCUCCAGGGACAACCGUAUUUCUCAGUGGAGUCUGAGUCAGGUAUUAUCAAAACCGCUUUGCUCAACAUGGACCGAGAAAACAGGGAGCAGUACCAGGUGGUCAUCCAGGCCAAGGACAUGGGUGGACAGAUGGGUGGACUCUCAGGAACCACCACGGUGAACAUCACACUGACUGACGUCAAUGACAAUCCACCACGAUUCCCACAGAGCACAUACCAGUUCAAAACACCUGAAUCUGCUCCACCUGAAUCACCAAUUGGCAGGAUAAAAGCGAAUGAUGCCGAUAUGGGUGAAAACGCCGAGAUCGAAUACAGCAUCACUGAAGGAGAUGGAUCAGACAUGUUUGGGGUUAUCACUGACAAGGACACACAGGAAGGAAUUAUAACAGUCAAAAAGGCUUUGGAUUUUGAAAAGAAAAAGCUGUAUACUCUGAAAGUGGAGGCUACCAACACUCAUGUGGAUCCCCGAUUCCUCUACUUGGGGCCAUUCAAGGACUUCACUACAGUCAGAAUCCUGGUGGAGGAUGUGGAUGAGCCCCCGGUGUUCAGCAGACCAGCAUACAUACUAGAAGUGAAAGAAGAUGUGGCCAUAAACAGUAUUAUAGGAACGGUAACAGCCCAGGACCCUGAUGUUGCGAAAAAUCUUGUCAAAUAUUCCGUAGAUCGGCACACUGAUAUGGACAGAGUAUUCAACAUCAAUUCCGGAAACGGUUCAAUAUUUACUUCAAAACCCCUUGACCGGGAAACAUUGCUAUGGCACAACAUUACAGUAAUAGCAGCAGAGAUCAACAACCCAAAACAAAGUAGCCGGGUCCCUGUGUUCAUUAAGAUUCUGGAUGUAAAUGACAAUGCCCCAGAAUUUGCUAUGUUUUACGAGACCUUCGUCUGUGAAAAUGCAAAGGCAGAACAGCUGAUACAGACCCUAAGUGCAGUUGAUAAGGAUGAUUCUUUCAGUGGACACCAGUUUUCAUUCUCCUUGGCUCCAGAAGCAACCAGCGGCUCAAACUUUACAAUCCAGGACAACAGAGACAACACAGCAGGGAUCUUCACCAGAAGAAACAGAUAUAACCGACAUGAAAUGAGUACUUAUCUCCUGCCUGUGGUGAUAUCGGAUAGUGACUAUCCAGUCCAGAGCAGUACUGAAACAGUGACAAUCCGAGUGUGCGCCUGUGACCGUCGGGGGAAGAUGCAGUCUUGUAAUGCAGAAGCCCUGAUCCAUCCAACUGGCCUUAGCACAGGGGCUUUGAUUGCCAUUCUUCUCUGCAUCAUUAUAUUGCUAGUUACAGUGGUGCUGUUUGCAGCUCUGAAACGGCAGCGGAAGAAAGAACCUUUGAUAAUUUCUAAAGAGGACAUCAGAGACAACAUUGUCAGUUACAACGAUGAAGGCGGUGGAGAGGAAGACACCCAGGCUUUUGAUAUUGGCACACUGAGAAAUCCUGAAGCCAUAGAAGACAAUAAAUUACGCAGAGACAUUGUGCCAGAAGCACUUUUUAUGCCGCGCCGGACUCCAGCGGUACGAGAUAACACCGAUGUCAGAGAUUUCAUUAACCAAAGGUUAAAGGAAAAUGAUACAGAUCCAACCGCGCCCCCAUAUGACUCAUUAGCGACCUACGCAUAUGAAGGUAAUGGCUCUGUGGCAGAAUCCCUCAGCUCUUUAGAGUCGGUGACUACGGAUGGAGAUCAGGACUACGAUUACCUCAGUGACUGGGGGCCUCGAUUUAAAAAGCUGGCGGAUAUGUACGGCAGCGUGGACAGUGAUAAAGACUCUUAAUAUGUUGCCUUUGUUGAUUUCCAGAAACAGCAUUGAGAUAUAUGAAGUAGCUAUUUCUUUCUAUUUAUCCAUGGCUCUGUGAUAGGGCUCUCUAUUCUAUCGGUUCCAGUUGUCUAAUGACUGCAGUCUGUGUGGAUCAAAUGUCAGAAAACUUUUUUCUAGUAUAAUUUUAUGAGCUUCCAAGAGGCAAUUUUUUUUUAAUGCAUCCACUUUACCAAGCCAGUCUUACAGGCACCGUGGUAGAGGAGGGAAACAGGAAUGGAGGGAAGCAAUAUUUGUACUUGUUCUGCUUAUAUUGUAAAUUGGAGUAUAUUACUGUUCCAGCUCACUUAAUCUUCUUACUGUAUUCAGAUUAUUCAGCUCAGAUGAUUGCUCUGUCCAUUUUGUAUUGCACAUCCUAAUGUACUGAGGUAUUAUGGUUUAACCUAAAUAUUAUAGUAAAAAGUAGUGGGGGAGGAAUUUAUUAUAAAAUUAGAAUCAGCUGACAAGGCUAUAAGACAACAUGAGAGUAAAUUUUAUUCUUGAAUUUAAAGACGUCUAAUUGCCAUUUAACUAUAAAUAUUUUUCUUGAACCUGC